AUGCCAAAAAACAAAGCGUCAUCACAAUCGAAAAAACAGCAAGCCAAGAAAGCAUCGUCGGAAUCAGACUCUUCGGAUUCAUCUUCCGAUGAAGAUUUAUUUCAUCACAAGGCCGCCAAGUCAUAUAAACAGUCAACAUGGAAAUUGUCGAAUACUCCGCCAUCACAACCAGAACCAAACAAGAAGAAGAAUCUGUUAGAAAUGACCAAAACUACAUCUCCGAAUUCAAAAACUGAAACCAAAGAGGAGGGAGCAAAACCGAGUAAUAAUGACGAUUUGUUAUUGGAGUUGCAAGUGGACAUGUAUAAAAACGAACUUCACAAAAAGAACGCGAAAAGAAAUACAGUAACCGACGAGGAAUCAAAAAAAAAACGAAAACCAACGGACGAGGAGUUAAAGAAAAUUAUUUUAGAACAAAAAAAGCAAAGACGAGAGCAAAAGCGGACGAAACAUACACAUAGUUCUUCGAUUCCUCCUGAGGAUAUUAUUUCAAUCGACGACGAUCUUACGCCUACGACAGUAGAAAAUGCAACGAGCACUUAUAGCACUAUUCCUACUUCAUCAACCAAUGAAUUAUAUGGGAAUACUGGUAGUGCAUUUUCAUCAAGUUCGAGCAUGUUUGUUAGAUCACCUGCUUUUUCGAACCCCUUUCGAGCAAUUAGUCCCUUUCCAUCAUAUAGCCCAGGAGAUUUCUUUUAUGAACGCUCUAAAAACGAUCUACAGAGAAAAUUCGAUACAUUAUUGCAAAGCAGUAGCGAGUCAGUAUUUGACAAAUUAGAAACAAUCGAUAAAUCUGCAACAGAACUUUCAGAAAAAGAAAAACAACGGCUCGAAGAGUCUCUCAAAAAACAAUUAGAAGAAUUGAAACCUGAACUUAAGCUUGACAAUUCAACACUGAUCGAUCAAGAAGAGGAUACAGAGAAUAAGGGAGAAAAGAUUACCAUUAGAGUGAGAUGGAAUGAGAAAAUCGUUCCCAUCAACAUGACAGAAAAAGACAAAUUCCAAAAGCUGAAAAAAACAGUGGCAAAACAAUUCGAUGCUCAUCCUGAUCAAGUGACUUUAAUAUUUGAUGGAAUGCCUUUGAAUUUAAAGUCAACACCAGAGGAUCAUGGCAUGGAAACAGAUGACAUUAUUGAUUGCAAAAUUGACAAAUCCAAGCCAAUUUCGACAAUUAUUACGCCUUCAUCCUCAAAAAAGCCCUCUUCGGCAAUUGAGGUCAUUGAUGACGCAUCACCCAAAAUUACCAUUAAUGUUAGGGCAAAAGACAAGACAUUCCCAGUUAAAAUUAGCACGACAGACAAGUUUUCAAAGGUGGCAAAAUACAUUGCAAAACAACUGAAUGUAGAUGUCUCAAAAGUCAAGUUAAUGUUCGAUGGAAUGGCUCUCAAUGUAAAUGAAACACCCGCAGACCAAGACAUGGAAGAUGACGACAUUAUUGAUUGUCAAGUGAAAGCAAAAUGA